GGGCAGGUGAGUCCGGGCCGCGCCGCAUCCGCCGCCAUCCGCCCGCCCGCGCCUCGCCGCGGCCUCCGCGCCCGCCGCCCGCCCUCGCGGGACCGGGGCUGCGCGGGGCUGCGCGCUCGGCGCGGGGGAGGCUCGCUCGGCGGAGCGCGGCCAUGGGCCGCGGGCAGCCGCGGGCUGGAGUAGCGGAGCGCCCGGCUGGGGCUGCUGGGCCCCGGGCCGGCCCUGCCCCGGACCCUGCGCGGUCGGGGCCGCGGUGAAACGCGGCGCGUUCGUCGCUCGGAGCUCGAUGCGGGCGGUACAGCGUGUGCUGCGUGUUCCGAGCCCGCCUCGCUGGGCUGGGAGAGCGCUGUCCGUGGAGCCCGGCGCCAUGGAUGUGUCGGGGAAGGGAUGUGGUGCUGUGGAAGUGGCCGCGCAGACACUGAUAAAUGGCUCCUCGUAAGGGCAAGGAGAAGAAGGAAGAGCAGGUCAUCAGCUUGGGACCCCAGGUUGCCGAAGGAGAGAAUGUGUUUGGCGUCUGCCACAUCUUUGCCUCCUUCAAUGACACUUUUGUCCACGUGACUGAUCUGUCUGGCAAGGAAACCAUCUGCCGUGUGACCGGUGGCAUGAAGGUGAAGGCAGACAGAGACGAGUCCUCUCCCUACGCAGCCAUGCUGGCAGCCCAGGACGUUGCCCAGAGGUGCAAGGAGCUGGGCAUCACUGCCCUGCACAUCAAGCUGCGUGCAACUGGGGGCAACAGGACCAAGACUCCUGGACCUGGUGCCCAGUCAGCCCUGAGAGCUCUGGCCCGCUCUGGAAUGAAGAUCGGCCGCAUUGAGGAUGUCACCCCCAUCCCCUCCGACAGCACUCGCAGGAAGGGUGGUCGCCGUGGACGUCGUCUGUAACCAGUGCAGCACCUUCUGUUAUUAAAGCUCUCUUAAACCUC